GUUUAUUUUUGUUUUGUUAAGUUGUAUGAGUUCCCUGUAAAUUUUGAAGAUGAAGCCCUUAACAGAGAUAACAUUGUCAAAUAUGUUCUCCCAUACAGUGGGCUUUCUUGUUGUUUUGUUGGGAUGGUUUCUUUUGCUGUGCAGAAGGUUUUUUAUUUUAAUGCAGUCCCAUUUGCCAGGUACCUGCUCCUGAUUGGGGAUUGAAUCCGAGACCCUUUUUGUGCAUGGUGUGUUCUAACCACUGAGUCACACUGGCCAGGGCCUUAAGUGAGGGGUGUGUGUGUUUGUGUGUGUAUGUUAAUGAAAAGUGCUUAGAACAGUGCCUGGUUUAUAAGCUUGGCUUCCCCUAAAAUGGAAGGAAGCUCUGAGAUUCCUUUGAACUAGAUGGGACUAGAUUGUAAGCCAGACGUGGCUGCAGUUAUUUUGCUGGACUGAGUUAUCAGUACGUCCCAUUUCCACCCCAUGGAAUGCAAGGCUGAUAACGUUUUAAGUGGAAAAGUACCAUUCCUAUGUUCUGACAGCUUUCCCAUCACGUUCCAAGUCUGUCAACUAACCAAGUAGAUAACAUUAACUGUAGAGAAUCAAGAGCACAGUAAUCUGUGUGCAUUUCAACGCCCGGAAACAUGCUCUUGUAUGAAAUGUUUGUCAUUGCAGAGAGUGAACAAAGCGUGUGGGGAAAGUGGUCCCAAAACAACACUUUUUUAAAAAAAAUUAACUAGAUAAUGAGACAUACACAAGACUGAGCUGAAUACUUCCUUGUUUCAUGGUAGAAAAGAAUUUAAGAAUAAAAAAAAUCAUGACUUUGACCUUCACUUGGCAAAGAGGCUGAGCUCAAACUUUGAUUCCAAAAGAAGUUUUCUUCCAGGGGGAACCUCGGAGCUGGGCGUCUGCAAUGAACGUGCUUUCCCGGGACGGACGGCGGGCUGCUCUCGGGGCUGAGGCAGAGGAGCUGGGCGGGAGGCCCUCGGUCCAGGGCUGAGAUCCGGGCCGAGAGAGGGAGGCGGAGGCAGGACAUGGAGGGAAAGGCCGGCGUCUUGGAGGGCGUGUGGCAGCGGAGGGCGCGGUGGUGCCAACUCCUCUCCUUUCGUCCCCACGGGCUCCGCUCCGGUCGGGGACCAUCAACCCCGAACGCGGGCCCUCCCUGCCCUUUACCUCUCGGGACACAACCCUCCCGACGCCUCGGCCCAGACCAGCGCCUCUCGCCCCGGUGCGCGGGUUGGGGCUUCGCCUGGCGACCGACGGAAGCGGAAGCAACGCGGGACGGACGGUGAUGCGCGUGCGCAGCCGAGCACGGAGCCGCCAUAUUUCCCGCGCGGAGGGUCUGCGUUGACCAGUCGGUUACGCGGACGGCGCGGCUGAUGGCGCUUGUGUCGCCGUCCAGCUCGUCGGAGGGCACCGCUGGCGCCCGGGGACGGCGACGCAGCCCCUCCAGGAGCAGACGCUCCGGCAGCCGCAGCGGGGAGGCCCUCAGGCCCUCGUGGGGUCCGGCGGGCACCCCUCCCCUCCGCGGCGGCCCCGGAUGCCGACAGCUGCCCCCCGGGCUCCCCAACUGCGCCUUCCCGUCCUCUCCCUCCACCUACGGAGACGGGCACCGCCACCAUCCCCACCACUAUGCGAGCGGCAGCGGCCAGCGGUGGGCGAGUGGCUGCGAGCUGCAGAGGGAGGAGGAGAAGGAGAAAGAGAAGGAGGAGAGCGCCCGGCAGAGGAGGCUGAGAGGGAGGGAGAGGAUCGGGGCGGCGGGAGCCCCGGAGGUGUGGGGGCUGUCCCCCAAGUACCCCGAGCCGGAUUCUGAUGAACACACCCCGUUUGACAAUGAAGAGGUAAACACUCAGAAGACCAACAGUUCAGAUUCUAUCUCUGAAGAAAAGAGGAAAAAGACCAGUCGUUCAAAAAACAAGAAAAGAAGAAAGAAAAAGUCCAAAAGGAAAUCCAAGAAAUAUAAUAGUGACAGUGCUUCAGACUCGGACACGAAUCCCAGCUCUGAUGAUGGGAAAAGGAGAGCCAAGAACAAAGAGAAGAGAAGGAAACACAGGAAAAUGAAGACUAACAGAAACCGCACUGACUCUGGCUAUAAGGAUUCAGAAGGGGAGUUUCGAGAAGAUACGCGGAUGCAUCACUCCAAUAUGGCAGAUACCAUGGAUCUAAUCGGUCCAGAAGCACCUAUAAUACUCACUUCUCAAGAAGAGAAACCUUUGAACUAUGGCCACGCUCUGCUCCCAGGGGAAGGUGCAGCUAUGGCCGAGUAUGUAAAAGCUGGAAAGCGUAUCCCACGAAGAGGUGAAAUUGGGUUGACAAGUGAAGAGAUUGCUUCCUUUGAGUGCUCAGGUUAUGUUAUGAGUGGUAGCAGGCAUCGCAGAAUGGAGGCUGUACGGCUGCGGAAAGAGAACCAGAUCUAUAGUGCGGAUGAAAAGAGAGCCCUUGCAUCCUUCAACCAAGAAGAGAGACGGAAGAGAGAGAAUAACAUUUUGGCCAGUUUUCGAGAGAUGGUGUACAGAAAGACAAAAGGGAGAGAUGACAAAUAGAGACUUUUGUUCUACAGGACUUUGAACAACAAUUUUAUAUAACCAAGUAGUAUUAAAAGGCUUUAUGGUGUUACUGUAUCUAUCUACUAUGUUAGUAGUUCCAAGGAGAAGCUGUUUUUUGAGAUCUUAGCAAUUUAUCCUUUAUGUUUAAUGUAAUAAUUAAUAUAUUCACAUAGUUUUUAAAAUAUUGAACUACAGGAGAGUCAGUAAAAUGCCUUUCACUCAAGUCCCUGAUCCUCCUCCCCAAAGACAUCUCUUUUUUGUGUCUUCUAUAUCUGCCCAUGAAUUCUUUGUACAUAUAGGUAUAUUGCUUCAUUCUGGUUGCAUUUAACAGACUGUUUAAAAGAAAUAGAGAUUUACUGGCAUCUAAUAAAAGUGCAGCAGGAGGAUGGGUUUCCUGUGUGGCUGUAAUGGGACUACAGCUUCUUUCCUCUUAAUUCUUUAUGGGUCAUUAUCCUCUUCAAGCUGGUUUCUCUCAAAUAAGGUCUGCCAAAGCCCCUAAGUUAGGUUAUGUAUUUCCUAGUCCACCAGUAAAGAAAGAACAUUUGUCUUGCAUUGCAAACAAUCCUGAAGUUCAGCCGAAUUGGAAUAGCUUUGGUCACAUGCCCAGCCUCAUUAAAAAAUGUUGCUGCCCAUGGAAAUAGUAUGGCUUACUCCUGGAUCUAUAGGUGUGGUCACCUUAUGGGUUACAUAGGAAAGGAAGGAUACCGGAAUGAAAAUCAGGGUAAUAUUGGGAAUUGGAGAUAGGUAAGCAAUAAAUUCCCACAUAAGUUUUGAAAGAUUUAUUAAAAGCAGAAUAGAGAAUACAUGUGCUGAAUGCCAAAUGUUGAUGAAAAGGUUGGCCUUGACUGAUAAGCCAGAUAUAUGAUUGAAGGGGGCAAAAGGGAUUAUCCAUAAAAAUAGAUAUGGAAGAGAAAAGAUGAAGAUCCAGAGUGCGUCAAUCUUCCAAAGAGUAGAUUAAGUGCCACCUAGAGUAGGAAGAGAACGAAAAAAAAAAGAAGGUAUAAAGCAGAGGCAGUUGGUAGAGCUCAUGAAAAGGAGCCCAGUCCAGGAGGAAAAACCACAUGGAUAAGACAGCAUUGAGAUGCUGACUAGCACCAUUGUUGUAGAAGACUUUAGAAUGAGUUUCAUUUAUAGUGUAUGAUAAGGUCAUUGUUGUCAUCCAGUGUCAUUUGCCUAAACCCGGAGCUGUCAUUUGGCUAACCAACUUUGCAAAGCUCAAGAGACCCUUGUAAGCCUCAUAGAGCUGAAGAUGUGGGGGUGGUUUGGAAUCUGUCAAGGCAGAGCUAUAUGGAAGGGCAGCACCUUUACCCCAGGGUUUGACGUAAUUGGCACUGGACCACACUAGCUUUAGAUUUUCCCCAGAGAUAUUUGGGGAACACUGGUGAAAGACACCUUGUUACAUAUGUAUAUCUCCUUUCUUAGAAACAAACCAUACUGCACUAUACACAUGGAUCUACACCUGGCAUUUUUCACUUAAUGCAUGUAGGAGAUGUUUUAUAUUAAUGUAUGUAAAUCAACCUCAUUUUAAAAAAUGAUUUCAUAGUAUUCUAUUGUAUGGAAGAACCAUAUUUUGUUGGGUAUUUGUUUUCUAUAUUUUUGGAUUACAUGAUACUUUAGCAAAAAUCUUUGUGUAUGUAUGAGUGUGUUAUUGGUAGUAUAUUCGUCUAGAAAUAAACUUAUUGGGUCAAAAAGAAUUCUUUCCCAGGUCAUACUGCUUGCAAGUGACAGGGCUGGAUCUGCUCAUUUACAGAAAUGGAUCUCCUUGUUCUCCUCAGCCUCCAGCUGUUCCUUCUCUCCUCUCUUCCAUACACUAGGAGUUUUCCAGGGUUCCAGCCACAGCUGACUACUGCACUACCCUGAAUUUGCCAGGCUUUCCCCAACACGUCUGUGCUCCACCUUUGCUCUGUAUGAAAAAUCUUUUCUCUAUUUUCUUGUCAGCCCUAAUUUAAAUUUUUUUUAAGACCCAGAGGAAGCAGAAUCUUAGAGUAAAUUUUUUGGA